UGUGACAGCCCUGCCAUCACGCCUAAGCCAUCUAUUAGCGGUGACUAACAGCGUUUAAGCGGCUGAAGCCGUUUAUAAAUGCGCCCUCACGCGCCGCCCCGCAGCUCACUUUCCACACGCGCGGCGCUCGAGCUGGUCACGCGCUCCUGCUGUGAAUACAACACUCAGUACACGGCGAGAACCUGCACGAGUACUCAGGCUUGCAGGAGAGGACAGUGAAAGCAUGUCCACGGUGAGCGCGCUGCCUUUCUUCAAACCCCUCCACGCGUCCGUGUCGCCCGCGAGACAGCGGCGUCACACACUUCCGGCCAGCGAGUUCCGGUCCCUCAACACCGAGGACGCGAUCAGUGUGUUCGAGAUCGAGAGAGAGGCUUUCAUCUCGGUGUCUGGUGAGUGUCCACUGCAUCUGGACGAGGUGCGUCACUUCCUCACCCUCUGCCCCGAGCUGUCCCUUGGCUGGUUCGUGGAAGGCAGGCUCGUCGCCUUCAUCAUUGGCUCACUGUGGGACCAGGAGCGGCUCACCACAGAAGCUUUGACGCUUCACAAACCUCACGGCACCACAGUCCACAUCCACGUGUUGGCGGUGCACCGUACGUUCCGGCAGCAGGGCCGCGGUUCCAUCCUGAUGUGGCGCUACUUGCAGUACCUGUGCUGUCUGCCGUACGUGCGCCGUGCUGUGCUCAUGUGCGAGGAUUUCCUCGUGCCCUUCUACCAGAAAUCCGGCUUCAAGGUUCAGGGCCCAUGUGAGAUCACGGUGGGGCCGCUGACCUUCAUCGAGAUGCAGUAUGCCGUGCGUGGCCACGCCUUCAUGCGCCGCAACAGUGGCUGCUGAGUUUACGCAGCUAGCGUUGCUCCUUUCGUUACCCCAGAUGCCAAAGCAGGGUGGAGUGGGAGGCUUAGUCUGGCGGGGAAGUUUUGUCACAGCUUCUGCUUCGAGUGUAGGUCAUGUCUGUGGUGUCGUUACGUGUUUGUUCACAUUUGUAAAUGGAAAGUUGAUUUAAAAAAAAUGAAAGGAGGAAAAGAAAGAAAUAAACAAACCAUUCGUAACAGCUGGCUUCAUAACGAGUACGAUAGUGUUGAUACAUUUUGUUCUUCAUUCCAUAAUCUUUAAAAUGAUCCAGGAGAAUAUGUUUUUGUGUCCUUUACAUUGAGAAAUGUUGUGUUUAUCUCAUUUGUGCACUUUUGCUUUAUUUUUAUAUCACUUUUUUUUUAUAUCAGAAAGGAGGCAAUGGUGGUAGGUGAAGAGGAACAGACCGUGUGGAGGAAACACUAAAAAUUCCAGUUCUCCUCUAAUGACAUGGUGUUAGGGGUGGGUGAUGUGGUAAAAAAAAAAAAAAAUCACACUGUGGUGAAUUUAUAGUUUAAAUUAUAGUUUUAAAAAAAAAACGACCAGAAAAAGCUUGAUAAUUGGACAUCUGAUAACAAACAGCAACGUGAUACCACAAAUAACAAUGCAGUCAGUGAUAGAAAAUUACCGAUACUCUCAGAAAUCACACUAGCUAUUUAUCACCAAAUCAGUAUUGUAUCGUCAUAUCACCCUGCCCUACAUGGUGUACACGUGCGGUUAUAAACAGUUCCUCGGUCGUUAAGCUGUAGUGCUAUUUCAGCCUUGUUGUUGAGUGUCUUGUGGUUGUUCUAGAUGUUUGUUUUGCCGACGCAUUAAAGCAGCAUUGACUUGACACCCUGCUACUGUGCUCUCUUCUAAGUGGAGACCUAGAAUGAUUGAUUCGAACAAAUUAGCAAGUGCUCUGCGAAGGACAACACAUGCACAGGUUCCAAAUCCUGUCCAUGUGAAAGAUAUUUUUAGACCCUGAGGAACUGCUUAGAAUUUUUUUCCCCCAUCCUCACAUCUAAAAGAUUUUAAGAAAGAAAUCACUUCAUAAAUAUUUAAUUCUAUUUAAAAGUUAACUGAAGAAAUGCUAGGCAAUUCUUUGCUUGCAAGGAUGCGUUAAUACUGAACCCAGCAAAUCAUAUUUAGCUACAGUGUUUGGCUGUUGCUAAGGUGUAGACGGCUUUAUCUGCAUUAUGGAGCAUUACAGGCGGGUUUGGUCCAGCAACCCAAGUAACCUUUCCAAAACCUGUUCAUGGAAUCCAAUAUUCACAAGUCACAGAACUGGUCAAGCUAAAUAUGUCCAAUAUUAUUACCCCACCCCACCCUUUUUUUUUUGCCUUUUGCAGUAGACAUCCACCACCUUUGCCUCUGUGGAGUCUUGAAUCAAGACAUCUAUGAUUUUUAUACAUGUUUUGUAAAUAGAGAAAUAAUAAAGAACAGAUUUUUCACUAUUUUUGCUGCACUAUUUUUCAUAUUGUAGAAUAGUGAACAAAUUACCACAUUUAAAGUUACCAAAAACUUUUUUUUUUCUAUAUUGAACAUAAGCACCUACAGUACUUUCACCUUCUGUGAGAAAACCAGAUAAUAUACAAAUGAGAACAUCCACAAUACUACACUUAUACACCUCCUUUCCUUAGUAAAAGUGUUACACAGUCUUAAUUUGCAUACUGAAACGCGAUUGGCUCUUACAUCUUUUGAUGUAAUGACACUGGCCAAAUAACAGAUUUUUCCAGCUCCACAUUUCUUAAUUAAAAGCUCUAAAGUCUUACAAUAUUCGUACUUUACUCAACACUUCCCUCCAACAAAAAAAAAGAACUGAUUA